AUGCCCCCGGCAGCCCCUGACGAUUUGAUCCGCCAGCAUAGCCGGUCUUUAGAAGACGAUCACUCAGCGCCCACCCUGUCAGCCCCAAGCAACAUCAUUCAGGAUCAUGAGCCCAGUGGGAAAAGUAAGAAGAAGAAGAGUGGUAAAAAGGCCAAGGGGGUCAAGGCAACGACCGAAGCGCCCCCAGAGGAUUUAAUCCCCGCGGUCCCUGCCCCGGAGGAGCCUCUCUCCUUCCCAGACCCAGAUCCAGAUGCGGAUGUAGAUCCCUCACUGGAUCAUCAUGGUCCCCUUCCCGUAGCCUCACCCGUCCUCGAUGCUCUCGGGUCAAUCGGGGAAACGGCAGACAACGACCUUACCACUCGGACAGAUAGCUGGGCACAGGCAGUGCCCUAUGGCAAGAGUCCACCCACCGAUUUGAUGGAUGGGGAACUUCCCAGUGAAUCUCCACUCAACUUUCCAACCAUUCAGGAACGUGGUGGCUUCAGUCAACCCUCAUCCGCAUCGCCACCGACUCGUAUUCGACCGUUCAGUUACGGGAGUGGGUAUCGGAGCAAUAUGCAGUCGCGCCAGCAGUCAGUCGAUCGGCGAAAGAGUCAUUCCUACGGAAGCCCAAUGAGUAACCUGGCCCCGCCUCCGCAUCUGCCCCAGGCUCAUUUCUAUGGUGCGCCGGACAUUGACCUUCCUACGCAAAACCGUCCUAGCGAUGGUGCCUAUUCCUUCUGCAGCUUCGACACCCUGCCAAGUAUGUCGGCCAAGACACCACGGACGGGUAUGAAUGUGCUUGUGGUUGGAACCGACAGCGCCGUCGAGGUUCUUGCGGUUGAAGAUCGUCGAACUCGAUUGGUUGGGCAGAUCAGUGGUUUGAAUGGCCGAGUCCUUGAAGCGAAGAUCCUGUCUGGAAAUCAAUAUCCCGAUGCAGGGACUUCGUCUCAAACACACGUUGCUAUUGUCUUGCACGGGCCAAUGCCACCCGGCGAAGAGGAAGGUCGGGUGUCUGCCGCUGCCUCGGAUGUGAAUGAGGUUCCACCUUCGACGGCGCGGGGCUAUUCGGGUGACCGGCGAUCUGUGAGAGGGGAGACUUCAUUCUACCAAACCCGGGUGGAGGUCUAUUCUCUCCGAUCUGGUGAGCAUGUGGCAACCCUGUUUUCCAGCAAACCGGUCCCAUCACCGGAGAAUAUUCCAGGUCUUCCAUCCUUGGCACCUGCCCCAGUGGGUAGCUUGAGACUUUUCCACAGCGGGAAUCACAUCAUUGUUGCUUCUGGGAUCAGUGGAGAGGUGUAUGCCUUCAAGCAUACCUCGUCGGGUACCUAUCAGUGUCUUGGAAAGACCUGGACCAAUGUUCAGCUUGGAGAAGCUCGGCGAUACUCUGCUUCGUCGAGUUCCACCGAUGCGGACGGGUCUCACCAUGACCUUCCUCGAACUUUCGCGACGGAACGACCGGUCUUGGCCCUUCAAGGAAGAUGGCUAGCGAUCGUGCCUCCUUCUUCUCACAGAGUCUCCAUUCAAGGAACCGUCCCGGUACAUUUGAUGCAUCCCAGAGCUCAAGGAAUGGAGACCCGCAGUCCGUCAACCGUGCCGUCUGUGAACUGCGCGACAGAUGCAGGGGACGGGGAAAGCUUCCUCGACAAGGUUGCCAGAGGUGUCACCCAGGAGCUGGUCAAAGGCGCCCGCUGGAUGGGUGACCAAGGACUUCAGGCGUGGAACAGCUAUUGGAAUAAUGGGCAAUCUUCCACUCCAAGCACUCCACCGCUGCGACCUACUCGGGGUCCAGAUUCCCCAGGACUGGGCUAUGGAAUAUUCCCGCCGACACACUCCUUAGACACUCAAGUCACAUCGUCGCCGGAACCCGAUGCGGUCUCGAUUAUCGAUCUCAAACGAUUUGACGAUGGUUUGGAUGCAAAGGUAGCAUCUCUUAACCCCGUGGCAACGUUCCAAGUUCCCAACGGUUGUAGCUUCCUAUCGCUCUCUCCCAAUGGGUUGAUGCUUUUCACUGCGAGCAAGAAGGGCGACGUGCAAUAUGUCUGGGAUCUGAUGCAGCUCAAGCACUGCCGUGCCAUGGCGUUCAUGGCCGACGACCAGGGUGGCCACAGUCCCAACGUCCGACAGGUUGCUCGAUACGCGCGGUUAACCACUUCGAGCAUCGUGGAUGUGAUCUGGACGGCUCCGGUUGGUGAUCGAUUGGCUGUCAUCACGCGGAAGGGAACUGUGCAUGUAUUCGACCUGCCUCGAAGUGCAUUUCAGUGGCCCCCUUUCCGUCGAGCUCGUCCAACCGCUAAGAAGUCGCCAACAGUUGAUCCUACGGGCGAUGAGUUAUCGAAUCCGGCGACCGGUGGAAACCCACUCUCUGCGGCCAUGACCUUCGUGGGCGGGAAGACACAGCCAUUCCUCUCUGCAGUACGAGGCCGUGUUCAAUCUACUGGCGGUGGUUUCCCUCAUGUGAGCAGCUUCGCUCUGCCAACAGCGGCUAGCAUCAAAGGUGGCAAGGUUGUUGCUGCAGGGCUGAGCAAGUCCAUGGGAGCAGCAGCCACGGGGACUGUACAGACCCUCCGGCAUGUCGGCGAGAACCGACUUCACCUGUCAGGGCUUGCACGGGACCCGGCUCCGUCUCGAGUGAUAUGGAUCCUCAACAAGGGACACAUCUUCAUGGGCGUGGUGGAUGAUGGACAGUUCAAGCUAUAUCGUCUAAAGCGAAGCACUUCUACCAACAAGAAUCGCCAGUCAUACUCUGUCAUUGGAAGCAAAGAAGUCCAAUUUAGGCUGCCUGCCAAUAUGCAGAGCAUUUGCGGCCCGGCGCCUCUUGUGCCUUACGAUCCUGAAAAGGUCGUUCAGGCAUCCCUUCUCUUGCCCUCUGCCAGCUCCCAGCCUAGCAGUACGGGCAAGACCUUUUGCCAGCCGCUUUCCCAGGCUGAGAUUGAGACCAAUACCCCCUACCAACCCUUCCACACGGAUCAGCGAGUGAGCCUUCACGUUUACCCUAGUGACAGCAAAGCACAUGUGCCUAGCGGUCAGUGGGUCUUUGGUGACGACAUCCCGACAACCAAGGUGCAUGUCAGAUCAUACAACACCAGUGGUGAUGAUCAAGACGGCGAGGCCGAUGAGGAUGCUGCGAUCCGCGGCGAGUCAUUUGGCGCCGGUGGAGAGAUGGAGAAUCUCAUCACCCUUGGUAAUAGUACCGGCAAUGUUGAAGAAGUGGUCAUUACCACUCGCCGGAAGAAGAAACACUCCACUCCUCUCAAGGCGGAUGAUGGAUUUUUCGAGGAUGACUGCGAAGUUUUGGACUUUGCACGGGAUCGGGUUUGA